CACGCAUGAUAAUUCCUGAGAAACACACACACACAGAAUUUCCAUCCUCAUCUUUUCUCAUCUUCUCUUCUCUUUCUUUCUCUCUUUCUCUUUCGAAAGUUAAAAAAAAAUAUUCCUCAUCUUCCAUUUUACUUACUUUUUCUCUCCUUUCCUCUAGAUUUCACUCAGAAAGUUUCCCACUGGUGUUCACGUUGGAGACAAUAAGGAGAGUCAAGAUUAUGCUAAGAAAUCAUUUUGUUUGUUGUUCUUCCUCUUGUUUUGUGUAUCGUGUUUAUCCAUAGUGAAGUUUAAAUGUUACAAUCAAUUUAUCAUCUAUUGUGUUCUCAUUAAAGUGUAUAUAUAUACAAUAUACAUCUCUUAAUAUAUACAAACCAAAAUUAAUAUCUACAAUUUCCAAGGAAUCUGUGGAUAUCUAAAUUAAUCAAUUAAUUGCCGGCUAUUGAUGAAGACUCCAGACCAUCGAUGUUAUCUAAUUGCAUAUCUAUCUGGGUAUCGUUAAUAUGGCUCAAGUCCAUUCAAGUUACAGCAAAGGAAUCAAUGUCUAUAAAAUUAACAGCAGUUAACACUGAUUAUGAAGCUUGUUACAAUUUCUCAGUUGGUGAUAAAACAAAAGGUGAAUUUUACUCUCCUAAUUAUCCCAACAAUUAUCCAAAUCAAACUGAUUGUAUACUCAAAAUAGAAGCUCCUUAUGGACAAUAUAUUAAAAUUGAAUUUCGAGAUAGAUUUGCCAUGGAGGCUUCGCCUAAUUGUGAAUAUGAUAGACUUGAAAUAAGAAAUGGGAAAUAUGGCUACUCGGACAUACUCUCGGUUCUGUGUGGACACAAUUUUCCCCAUGAAAUUCAAUCAACACACAAUUACCUUUGGUUAAGAUUUAAAUCAGAUGAGAGUAUAGAGUAUGAAGGAUUUAGAGGAGUUUAUACAUUCUUAAAUCAAGCAACCACCAUCCCUCCUCCACCAGCUUGUCAGCAUAAUUUAACAGGGGAAAGUGGUCGUAUCAAUGGUACUAGAAUUUCCGAAGAUGUCAUCAAAUAUUCAGAGGAUUACUCGGUACCAUUGGAAUGUAUUUGGAGUAUCACCGUUAGUCCUGAGAAAAAGAUGUACAUAAAUUUUACGGAUUAUAAACUCGAGAAACCGAAUGAUUGUCAUUUAAAUUACAUCGAUAUCUAUGGUAACUCUUUACUAGAGACAAGUCGAAAAGAAAGGUUCUGUGGCACUGCCACCGAGCCCCACAAAUCGGAAACAAAUAAAGUACACAUUAGACUUCAUGCCAAACCCGGCGCCUUGAAAUUUGCCUUCACCAUACUCUUCACAGCCUUUAGAGAACCUAAAAAUCCAGCUAAAUGUGAUCCAAAAACCGAAUUCGAUUGUGAUGAUGGGACUUGUAUACACAUAAGCUUAAAAUGUGACGGUCAUCCCAAUUGCAUAUAUCGAUACGAUGAGGAUAAAUCGGAUUGCGAAAAAGAUUCGAAAAGUUUGACAUCAUUUGAUUCCAAUCAUAUGAUAAUCAUUCUUAUAUUGUUUUUCGCAUUAGUUAUUGGUAUGUGCGCUUCGAUUGUUGUCUCAUGUUGGGGCAAAAUUCAGGAGCGACGUCAACGAGAAUUGGAAUAUAAACUGAGAAGAUCUCGAGAACCUUCAGUUGAACGUGAUCUUGAUCGAACCAUCACCAUGACACGAAUUGAACCGGUUCUUGAUUAUCCGCCACCAUUGUGUUCCGGUGGUGGUAAAGGCGAUGGCGGUGGUGGUGGUAGUCUGGUGGGAAGUGGCGGAGGAUCAACGGGUAUGCUUAUACGUUCAAAUUACACUAAAUCAAGUGCUAACCUUAUGGAUGCAAGUAACCCGGAGGAAGAUGAACAUGGAUGCUAUGUACCUGAUGUUGGUGGUUAUUAUCGUAAAACUCCCACCGGUGAUCAUCAUCAUCAUCAUCAUCAUCCUGGAUCAUUACUUGAUGAUCUGGGAAGUGGUGGUGAAGAUGGUGGCGGUGGUGGUGGAAGAGAUAAAUAUCCACCAGAAAAUGUUAUUCGUUAUCCAGUGUUACCAAAUGAUUGUCCCUAUUACCAUCAAGAUUCCGACACGGGUCUAAGAAGUGGCAGUGAAUCACCAAUUCCUCCGCCACCACCACCUCCAGCUUUAUCUCACCUUCGAUCACGAAAUACUCGGUCAACGACAACUCUUCCUUUGGAUGCAAGUAAAUUAGAUACUCCUUCACCGCCUCCUCCACCACCACCUCAUGGUAUUGGUGUAUCAUCUUCCAUUGUAUCCUUGGACAAUCAUCAUCACCAUCAUCAUCAUGCUCACCAUUCUCAUCAAUCUCAACAUCAUCCUGAUUGCGCUCAGCAUCCCGGUUUUCCGGGUCAUCAUCAUGAUUCACUUCCUCUUUCAUCGUCCUCUUCACAUCAUCGAACCCCAAAUCCAGGAGACUACAGAUCAGCCUCUGUGGGCCCCUCUCAUCAUCUCCACCAUUCUAGUGGCGGAGGUGGUGGGGGUAGUGGAGGCGGUGGAUCUCACGGGGAGGAUACAGAAGAUGAAUCUGAUGAUAAAGUGCCUUCGUCGUCAAGUCGUCAUGGCCGAUUCAGGGCGGAAACUGUUAUUGAAAUGAGCUCAUCAAGUGAUCACACUGCCAAUCGACCUCGAAGUUUCAUCGAAACUCGUUCAGCUCCUGACGUUAUCGUAUUACGAUGACAACCAGUAACAAUUAAUACUGCAACUGUUAAUAUUAAUAGAAAUGUUUUCAACUCAAUUAAUCAGGACCGAGAAUCAGCCAACAGAUGAUGAUGAUGAUUGUUGAUGAUGAGGAUAAAAUUUCAAUUGAAAAGGAAAACCUCAACUCUUCAAAUCAAUUUUUUUUUCUUCUGUUUUUCGACAAGUUUUUUCACAACAAAAUGAACUUUCAACUUGUCUUUUUUUUGCUUCAACCAUGAAAAACUCAUGUAAACAACAAGAAAACACUCAACACACUCACUCACUCACCCAAAUGAUAACACCAACAUCUUCCACAUCUCAACAUUUAUUAUUAUCACUAAUUGUAACCGAUAUUGUUACGAAAAAAGAACUUUUUUUUUCUUCCUUCCAUUUUGAAAUGAAGAAUCAAUAAUUUGUGACAUCAAUCAAACCUCAAAGGAAAUGCCAGUGAAAAGACACACACACACACACACAUACACACCGGAGGGGAACGAAAGAGAGAUGAACAGAAUUUUCAGAAAUUUAUACCUUUUAUCAUGAAGAACAACAAAGAACAGCAAUGAUAACACAACAUCAACAAGUUCACCUACAAAAUCAACAACAAGAUGAAAACCUUUUAAAGACACAAUUGAUGCUGAGUCGACAUUUAUCUUUGUUUUCGUCUUGGAGGAGAAAAAAAAAGAAAGUGAAACAAGUAUUAAAGAGGAAGAAUCAAUGGAGAGACAAUUGAUCAUAACUCUCACACACCAAGAGCAAAGAAUUGAAACCUGAAUAACUUGCGUUUUUUGAAACGAAAAUUGUGUUUGCAACAUUUGCAAUUUCCUGCCUCUCAUUUUGCUCUCUAUCUUCAUCUAUCAUCUUUCAUCUUCCUCUUUCUAAUGAAACCCUUUCUUUUCCUCUUUCUCUCUCUUAUCCAUUUCAUGUAACCUUCAACCUUAUCAGGCCCUUUUUCUUGCCAACAUAAACUGCCCAGGUUACGAUGAGAAGCGGAAAUUAGUUGGAUAUACAAUAUCUCGAUAUUUCAUCUCUCUCUCUCUCUACCUAUUCAUCUGUCUUCCCUUUGAUAUUUUCCUCUCUCAUCAUCAUCUCAAAAUCACUCCCUGAAUGGCAAAGUUUAUAUAAUAUGAUUUACUCUCAGCUUAUUGAAACCCAUGUAAGAAUCAUGUACAGUUGUCUGGACACUUUGACCAGUUUGUUGAUCGUUGAUUUUUAUUGAUUGACGAUUUUAUCAUCUUCUCUCUUCCUAUCAUCAUCAUCAUCAUCUCUCUCUCUCUCUCUCUCUCUCUCUCUCUCUCUCUUAAUAUUAUAUAUUAUAGCCACUAAAUAACUAAUAGAUAUAUAAAACUAUCCUCUAGUUGACUUGAUUUGAUGUUAUUUUUUUUCCUCUUUGUUUUGGGUUAUUCAUAACACCACCAAUAUUAUUAUCUCCAUCUUGUUCAUCUCUCUCUCUCUCUCUUUCUCUUCUUCAUCAUCAGCAAAAUCUCAGCCAUCACCACCAGUAUAUAUCAUCGGUUUAAUCAUGAACGAGGAAGAGAAGAAAAAAACAACAACAGCAGCAAUAAUGGCAAGAACAAUACGAAUACAAUAAUAAUGAUAAUAAUUGUAACAUAAAGAUUAGCUUUAUGUGUGUGUCUGUACAAAAGAGAUGACAGAAUAAAAAAAACAUCCAAUGGAACCUUAAGUUACAGGGAAGUGACCAGAAGAAAGUACAAUAGACUUGGAAUGGAAGAAGAGUGAAAUGGUUGCUGGUCAGGGAAGAAUAUGCGAUAUAACAUGAGGAUUGUCAGGAACAAACAAGAUGAAAGAGAAAUGAGACCAAAAAUGAUGAAAAGGGAGAGAAAGAGAGAAGAUGAAGACAAGUAGGAGAGCCGAUGGGAGAAGAGAAGCAAAAAGAUGGAGCAACUUUUUCAAUGCACUUUACUGUUACUCUUGUUGAUUUUGUUUUUAUUCUAGAUGGUUACAUCCCAAUGCUUAUUCGAAAUGUUCUCUUUCUUUUUUCUGUCUCCAUUUUAUCUUGUUAUUCUUAUUUUUCCGUCUUGUUCGUCUUCUUCUUUGUAUCUAAAUACGAGAAAAGAUAAAAAAAUCGUUAGUAGAUUCAAAGACUCAUUGAUCUAAGUUACAUCGUUGACAGAACCUUUACUUUCUCCUUAAUAUUUGUUUCUUCUCCUUCCCACAUCCUUUACCAUCAUCAUCAAGCUUCUCAUCAUCAUUCUUUGCUUCUCAUCCUUUACUAUCAUCCUCAGUUUUCAUCCUUUUCCAUCUCUUUCCAUGCUUCUUUGCAUCCGUUAUCUCUUCUAACUGCAAUUGAUACUCUGAUAUUAUUUUAACUUACCAUGAACAACAGUCUCUCUCUCUCUCUCUCUCUCUAUUUCCAUUUAACAAGGCUAAGCAAUUAUCAGUGUUGAGACUCGAGAAGAUGAGGAACACGAAUAUAAAAUGAUGAUAAGAUGUUAAAAAUAAGAAGAAGAAGAAGAUGAGAAAAAAAUAAAGGGCAACAAGUCGCAGGGGACAUUUUGUUUUCUCCAUCAAAAUCAAAGGGAAAAGAAGUUGAUCAUUUUUCUUUUUUUCUUUUUUUUCACUCUUCCAUUGAUCCUUUGCUCUCUCUCUCUCUCUCUCUCUCUCUUUGAUCCAAAUUGUUACAAUAAACACCCAAAUUAUAUAAACAAGAAACAUAAAUAUAUAAACUUCAAGUGAACGGGGUGAGAGAUGAAAACAAAUGAAUCAUUUCAAAUGAAUCAUUUGAAAUGAUGAGGGAGAAAAGGGGAAGAGUAGAAAUUUAGAAGAAAAAAAAAUUGUCACAAACAAAAGAAAAGCAUAAUUUUAAUGCCUUUAAAUUUCAACGAUUUCGAAUCAGCGCUCAAAUUUUGAGGAAGAUUAAUUAAUUUGGAAGAAAUUUUCUACUAAUUGGAAAUUAACUAAUUAAAAGAAAAUCAAAUCUCAAUAGAAGAAAGAGAAAAAAAUGGUAAUUAAGAAAAAGCCCCUUCUCUUUUCCCGCUUGUCAUCAAAUUGACUUAAUUUUCUCAAUUUCAAUUGGCAACAAUGUUCAAUGUUUUCUCUUUAUUAGUGUUAAUUUUGUUUUGUUAACUAAUUAAUUCUUCUUGUUCAUCCGAAUCUCCAUGUUUAUCAGUUAUCACCAUGAAUGGUAAAAGAAUAUCAAUUACGAUAAAAUAGAAAUUGAUUUUGGAUCUUCAACUGUAAAAACGAAAACCUUAUUACAUGAAAAACAACAACAUCCUCAUCUCUAUGUGUUAAAAUCCUUUGUAUCAUUUUCUUUUAUUUUUCCUUUCUUCUUAUCUUCUUAUUCUUCCUGAGCAUCUCUUCAACCUGUUUCAUCAUCAUCAUCAUCAUCAUCAUGUUCUUCCUCCUCCUCGCCAUCAUCAUCAUCAUCUUAUCCUUCACAGAGAUGCUUCUGCUCACAAUAAACAAACAAAUUUACUGGUAAAUUUAAUGGCAAACAUUUUUUGCUCUCUCUCUCUCUCUCUCUUCCUCUGUCGAAGUAUAAUCGACACUCUUUCUUCUUGCUCUUCAUCACACUUUACCUUUUUACCUUUACUCUGCAUCUUUUUUUCACCAUCAUCUUCAUCUUCAUCGUCGCCAUCAUCUUAUAAACGUAAAGCAUCAGCAUCAUCACUCUGUCUCUCUCUCUCUUUUUGUAUUUAAUAUUCGGUGCCAAUAAGCAUUGCUCAACGAAGACCUAAAGUGAAUGUGGAAGAUGAAAUAAUAAUUAAUAAUUAAGACUUUGUUAUACAUAUAAAUAUAUUAAGAAUCAUGGAAAAUUCUCAUUUCAUCUGUAACUUAAUGUUGACAUCAAGGAAACAUCUCGAAUCAAUCAAAACCAAGAAACCACAGAAUGACAACAAUAAUAAUAAUUAUAAACAAAAGAUUAACAAUAAGAUUAACUAAAAGCAUAAACUGCAUCAAAAAACAAAGAAAUCACAAAAAAUUUCACAUUUCACACUCACCUGAACAAAAGGAAAUCACUUUUCACCAUAAACCAACCCUUCAGAUCGUAAAUUUGAAUAAUUCAUCAACCAGACAAUUAACUUGAACAAAUAAUCUUUUUUUUCUUCUAAUUAAUCCACUUCAAGGAGAGAAGAGACUCAAUAAUAAUUCUUAAUGAUGAAAAUCUCGACAAAAUUGACAUGGAGAGAAACCAAAUGAAACUAUUACUAUGACGACGACGAAUUUACCAUUUAAUUUCCUAACCAUCGGAAUCAUCAUCAGUUUUAUUGAUCAAUUAAGAGAAAAUCAAAUUCGAACAACUUAAUUACCUUAUAAACAUAAACAUCAUCAAUAUGACAAGAAAAAGAUGAACAAGUCAAUGGAUCAACGAUCAGUCAACAUUGAGACACAAUAUCAAUUGAAUCGGAAUCUCGUGAACAAAUUCAAUUACUGUUUAUCGAACAAUAUUUUCCAUGAAAAGGAAAUAUUAAAGCUCAAAAAGAUGAUUUAAUCGUUAAAUGAUUAAAGAUGAUUCAUGUUCAAUUGGAAGGAAUUAAAAUCCUUGUUCUCCAUCAAUUGUGUUAACAAUUAGGAUUCUUCACAAUUUAAUCAAUCUGAUUACGAAUGAGAAAGUUGAUUGCUAGUUAAUUAUGCUCUUUGACCUCUUUUUUGAGAAAGGGUGAAACUAUUGGUGAAAUUAUUCAUCUUUUAAUUGUUACCCUUUUCCAAUUAAGGUUAAGCCUCAAUCUGAUUUUCAUUUUCGUUACGAGCAAGAAAAAACAAAAUGGUGCCUUUUAUGAUAAAUGCACUGGAAUUUAAAUGAUUAUUAUUUUAUUAUCACCAUGCAAUCAACUAAUCAUCGUAAUCAAUUGUAUUAACAAUCAAAGAAGGAUGAAGAAACAACAAUCAAACCUCAACUAAUUGUCUCCAAGAAUCAUUAAUUGUUGAUGUGCCAACAAGAUCAUCAAAAAAGUCAACGAUUGAAUUUAUAUUUCUGACGAUCAUCAAACUUACACCUGAACAAUUUAGUUAAUUUUUUUUUCUCCAGAAGCAAUAUUAUCUCAAUAAUUACACCAUUAUUAUUACUACUGUUAUAGCAAUUAAUUAACUAAUCACAAGAUUUUCUCGCCGAUCGUCAUUAUCUAAUUGUAUUUACAGCAUUUAAGUUUUUGCUCCCAAUGUUUUUAUAUUAUCUGUCCAAAUUCAAUUUCCAAUGUUAUCCUUUGGCAGAUUCUGUUGAUGAUUAUAUUGUUAUAACAAUAAUGCUAACAAAUGGUUGAUUAUCAUCUUCAAUGACAAUUAACUUGUAUUUUUAAAAACCAAUUUGCUCACCAAGAUUUUAAAUCAAUCUAUCAACCAUUUGUUAAAUAAUCUCUCUCUCUCUCUCUCUCUCUCUCUCUCUCUCUCUCUCUCACUCUCUCUCUCUCUCUCCAACCAUUAAGAUAGAGACAGUAACUUAGUUAAUAGAGACUCGAAACAGUUAAUCAUUAUUUCAAUUAUGUUUUAAUUAUUUACCAUUAUUAUUAUGGUUAAUUGCUAUUACUUAUAAUCAAUUGUUACCACAGAUGAAGAUAUAAAGAUUUAUUAUCAAAUGAUGAUGAUGAUAAUGAUGAUGAAUAGAUUAAGGAGAUUAAGAUUAAAUAAUCUGAUGAAAAAGGAAAUACAAACAAAUAACUUUUCGCGAGUCAUGGCGAUUGUGAUAAUUGUUGAUGUUUGACAAUCAACAAUUAUCUUUCACAUCAUCUUCAUCAUCAUCUCUCUCUCUCUCUCUCUCUCUCUCUCUCUCUCUUCCUCAUAAUCAUCAAUACGACUCAGUCUCUUUUACUCCCAGUCUAAUAUACAAAUAUACAGAAUCUCAUAUAUCCUGUUAAUUUUUUUCUCCAUCAAUUUAUCCUCAUCUUCAUCUUCUUCAUCAUCAUCUCUUCAUCCACCUUCAAAUUCCUCUCUCUCUCUCUCUCUCCCACUAUAUUCUCAAUCAAUGCUUUCAAAUUUUUCUUCGCAAAAAUUAUUUGAUGAUAAAAUUUUAUUGAAAGAAAAACAAAGAAAAAAAGACAAGAAAUUAUUGUUUCAUCUCUUCCCUUUACAACAAAAUCAUAGGUUCUUUAAUGGUUAAUUGCUUCCUUCUUUUUUAAUAAAUUUUAUGGCAAAAUUUAGGAAAUUUAAUAAAAAUGAAAAUAAAUUCUCGAACUCAAAUA